AAUUUGCCCUUUUCACAGCAGCCAUUGUGACAUGUCAUUGCAGGGUAAACACAGGUGUAAAUAAUAAUAUUAAUUAUGGCACAGUUCCAUUUAGGUGGGUCAGGACCCUGGUAUUGUGCAUGCUGGCUCACUGGAAUAGCUGUGACACACUAAAUAGAAUGGGACCAUAAUUAAUUUGAUCAAUUACACCUGUGUUUGCCCUGCUAUGACAUGUCAAAAUGGCAGCUACAUUUCUCUAAUGGCUGGCAGAAGAGUCGUGGUAUUCCCCUCCUCAGCGGAGCUCGGCCCGGUGCUGGCCCAGCUGGUGACCUCUCGAGCUGAGAAGGCCAUCGCCUCUCGUGGCAGGUUUACCCUGGGUCUCUCUGGAGGAAGCCUUGUGUCCAUGCUCGGCAAAGAGCUGCCCGCCCGGUCAGGGCUGGACUGCAGCAAGUGGGUGGUUGGUUUCUGUGACGAGCGACUGGUUUCCUUCGAUGACCCUGAGAGCACCUAUGGGCUGUACAAGACUCAGUUGUUUUCCAAGGUCAACAUCCCGGACAGUGGGAUCUUAACCAUCGACUCCUCUCUGCCAGUCAGCGAGUGUGCUGAGGAUUAUACCCGCAAGCUGAAGGAGACGUUCCCAGACGACGGCGUCCCAGUGUUUGACCUGUUACUGCUGGGUAUGGGGCCUGAUGGACACACCUGCUCCCUCUUCCCAGACCAUCCUCUCCUGGAGGAAACCGAGAAGAUUGUGGCCCCCAUCAGCGACUCUCCAAAACCACCGCCUCAGCGUGUAACUAUGACCUAUCCGGUGGUGAACUCUGCACGCUGUGUGGCUUUUGUGUCAACAGGAGGAAGCAAAGCACCCGUUUUGAAGGAAGUACUGGAGGGAAGAGAGGAUCCAGCAUUUCCAGCAGCCCGCGUCGUCCCAACUAACGGCGAGCUGUUCUGGCUUGUUGAUGACCCCGCAGCUGCCUCCUUAACUAUCCAGGUAGAGCGGCUGAGUUCAGGGGCCAAACUCUAGAGCUUUCCAUCUGCCAAAUGAAGGCAGGACGUCAACACUGGUGUGAAAAAUGGUGAGAUAGGAUAUGGAGAUGAAUGUGUGUGUGUCAGAGUUUUAUUUUUAUUUUAGUAAGAUUUAAAGUCCCCCUCUACUCAAAAAAGUGUUUUGCUUAUUGUUACUUCUGACCUUCACUGUACAGAAUAAUGUUCAGUAUGUGCAAAGUUGGACACUAGAAGCAUAUCAUGGACCAAAUUGUGCAACGUUCACAAAUGUGAUGACGAAAAUUGAAACAUGCAGCACAUACACUGAGAAUAGACUUUUCAGUGAAGUGGGAGACACUGUCCAUCAUAUAUACUCUGGAUUUUUCAUACACGGAGAAUGAAUAGAUGUAAUUAUAUGAAUUUUGAAUCAUUAUUUCUCUGUGUUACGUGCCUGCAGGGCCAGACAGGCCCU